AGGAGACAGCAGAAAGAAACCCAUUCAUACAGAACAUAGGAGAACACAGGAGGAGAACCAAGUAGAACCCAGCAAAGACGAGCAGAGGAGAAGAACCUGCAGCAGAGGACAGAUGUGAAGACAUCUGCAUGUGAAAAAAGAUUAAAAACCAACAGUAAGGAGUACAAACACCUGGACCAGAGCUCCUAAACUCAACUCACACAUGGUGGCAGGGAUGUCCCAGUCUUAAGGAGAGGUUCUGGAUUAGUGCUGAGCUCUACGACAACAGAAGGUAAAGGUUCCUCCCUCCCAGCCCCCCCUCCCCCAGCUCCAUCAUGCCCAUCUUCAAAAACCUCCCAGUGCGCCUGAAAGGCGGUCCGACCCUAGAAAACGCUUUGAUCCUGCGCAGGAUGAGCCUCAACAUCACCCCCCGCCACCACAACCCCUUCGACAACGACGAUGACAGCAUCCACAGCAACGGCAACCACAGCCACCACUGGUCGCCGGGUGGCUCGCUGCUCGACGGCGACGUGCAAAGGGACCGCAAUCCCUUUGAGGAUGAGGAGGAUGAGAACGAAGCCAACGAGGGGAAGAAGGGGAUCGGAGGAGGAGGUGGAAGUUCAGGGAGGGGAUCGCUCAAGUUCAAAUCCCCGCUGAAGACUCUGGGAAAGCUGGGGAAGACCUUGAGAAUGUCAGGGAGGAGCAAAGGGAGCGAGACGCCUUCACCACAGGGGUCGCUGCAGGGGACACCGUCACCUGCAGAGAAGAAGAAGAGAGGGAGGCGGAGCUCCGAGGGAAGUUUGCUAAAGUUUGCUGGGAAAUACCGCGACACUCUGGGCUCCCGUAAAGAGUCUCUGACCAACGGUGAGCUGAACUGUUCAGAGAGCGAGAGUGACUCCAUCAGCCGCCGCCUGUCUCUGUUGAAGAUGGUCGGCCUGGGGAAGCUGAAGAGGGAGUCUGGGGCCGAUCACUCGUCCCAAGGCCCUGAGGAGCAGCCGGUGCAGGAGGAGGUGGUGGAGGAGGUGAAACCUAGAGAGCCUCUGUCAGUCUUGGAGAUCCUGCAGCUGGUGAAGAAGCGAGACCUCCUCCUGGCUGACACUCACAUCCUGGAGCUGGAGCAGGAGUGCAAUGAGUCUGCCGCGGCCGCUGAGCCGGAGGACGCCAGCGGACUGAGCGUCAAAGAUGGCGGGCGGAGGAAGGCGAAGGAUGUGGAGCUGCUGUACGAGGAGCUGCUGAAGGAGCUGUGGUCCGUGGUCAGGGAGUCUCUGCGCUCGCCAACGGCCGGGCCAAACCUGGGUCUGGUGGUUCAGGUGCUGCAGCAGGAAGAGCAGACGGAUAAAGACUGGGCCCUCAAUGAGGCAGCGGCCCCCGGGGGCCCGAGGCCUCGCCGUCUGAAGCAGAAGUGGAAGGAGGCUGUGGAAGAGGCAGCUGAUGGCUCGCUGCCUCAGAAAGCUGAGUUCACCGCCGGGGAGCUGGACCGGUACCUGGACCGGCUCAGGGCCCGCGUAGUUGAGGACCUGGGGGCCGCCAAGAGGAAUGUGGUGUCCAUUUAUCCUGAAGAUUACCAGCCUUUUGAGGUGUACGUGCAGAGCUACCACCAGGCUGUUGCCAGGCGACUAGAGGCCAUCACCGACAACCAGCUGGAGAUCACUGACAUUUACUCUCUGCUCGACUGGCUGCACAACAUUUACAACAGAGAUGUUCUGGGGACGGUUUGUAUCACAAGUCCAUUCAGCCGCUCUAAUCUCAGUCCUCUGCUGCCCUCAGAGACCGUGGACAGACUGGAGCUGGACUGUCUCAACUCUGUCCGGGCCAAAGUGACCACAGAGCUGAGCCAGGUCCUGGAUGAGGAGGAGAAAAGGUGGAUGGAAACACUGCACAUCGAGGAGUAUCAGAUCACCCUGGCUAAGACGGUCAUACAGAGGCUGCAGGUUGAUCUGGAACGUUCUGCCUCCAUCAACAGGAGUUUGGGCUCCAGAGUGGCUCAGUGCAGCCUGAACGGCCUCGCAGACUUCCUGUACAGUUUCCAGCGUAAAGCUGAGAUGUUUCAUGAAGGCAUGCAGAGCGGGAUGUUUGGAGACAACGAGGAUGGAUAUGUGUCUAAAACCAUCGCUCUGGUCAACUGCUGUCCUCCUUUUAGAGGGUUUGUGCAGCGCUGCGCUCAGUGUGACCCGUCAGUCAGCGAGGACUCUCUGCGUCGAGCCAACAAAGCUCUGGAUAACAUCGUCCAGCAAGGAGUGCGAGUGCUGUCUGAGCGCCUUUACCUGCACAUCCGGCCGUUCUUUGAGCGGCUUGUGAAGAGGAAGUGGCUGAGCAACACAGAGCCGUACGAGCAGAUCGAAGCUGUCAUCAAAGAGUAUUUUAAGAAGUAUCACAGGAUGGACAGUCCUCCAUACCAGCUGCUGGUAGCGGAGGUUCACCGCCGCGUGGUGAUGGAGUAUCUCCGCUCGGUCAUGAGAGGCAGAAUCAUCUGCACCUCUGCAAAGAUGAGGAAGAGGAUGGCUGGUCGGCUCCGCGAUGAAGGCACACAGAUCAAAGUCCUCUUCAAAGACCUGGAGUCUCCAUCCAGCUGGUUGGACAGCUCUCUGUCUCACAUCUCAGAGAUCAUCCAGCUGGAGGACGUCCCCUCCAUCCAGAUGGAGGUGGGGGUUCUGGUCCGAGAGUUUCCAGACGUCAGAAAGAAGCAUGUGUCGGCCAUUCUCAACAUCCGCGGGAUGACUCGGCAGGCAGAGCGUCAAGAGAUCCUCAACAUCGUCAAGGACAUCGAGAGCAGCGACAGUGGGAGCAGCGGUAGCGGGCUGGCCCGGCUGUCCCGGGAUCGCGCCCUCUUCUCAGAGGUGCCGGUCACCUCGGAGGUCCACUGCCUUAACGUCGGCCUAAGCCGCAUCGCCCUCACCGCCUCAUCCUGCUUCACCUCGCUGCGACCUCGACGCCGCAAGACCCGGACGCCCGUCCAGGAAAACCCUGACGACGUUCUCUGAGGAGGAAAUCUUCCAAAGAUGGACCACGUCAUAAACCGAACCACCGACAACUGAAUCCGUCCAUCUGGCUGCUGCUUUAAACAGACUGUUUGUGUCGUCUGUUUCUCCUGAAGAAAAAGGGAAAGGAUGACGGCAUAUGUUGCACCGAGACUUUGGGAAUAGUUUAAGAACAUUAUAAUCACUCGGACUCAGUUACAUUUAAGACUCGCAUCAAAACUUUCACAAGGGAAAGAGACUGAAGUCCCUGGAGGACGAGGAUGAUCGAAGGAGAGGCAACAAAACUGGGCACAAUAAUCCGAGAUGUGGUGAUUAGAUAUUGAUAAUGAGGUUUUGAUCACAGAGGUAGAAAGGGCUCUCUGUUGUCUCAUAGAUUUAAAUGACUCUUUGAUUUGUAAUCAGAAAAUUAUCUUUGCUAUCAAGAUGCACUUUUAGCCUUUUUUUCACAAAAAAUCACGAUGGGAAAUCAUUUAUCAGAUCAUUUAUCUGAUUGGAAACCAACGUGCCUCUUUACAUUGGAUUUUGUAAAUGGACGAGCUUGUGUGAGGCCUUUUAGAUUUCUCCUUUUGCACAGCUGGUCACAGUUACCCAUUCCUUCUCUGAUGGCAAAGGCUGCUGGGUAGAGUCCAUCUGCCACCACUAACGCAGAUGUGGGACCAAUUUGGGGUUAAAUGUUGUGCCUAAAUAGACAUCAUCAUGUGAUGACAGGAUCUGGGCAUCAAACCCCCAGCCUUCUGGUUUAAGCCUGGUUUAAUCUUCUGUGUCAGAUCUAUGCCAUAGCUACACUGGUGUUUCCCACAGAAUAAGGCUGUACUUAGGUGGUAGACAAGACCGUCCCGCCCUUCCUCUUCUGACAGUAUUUAUGAACAGUGCGCUGAAUAAAGAUGCUCAAAAACAUUGAUAAAAAUGAUCAUCAGUCCUCAAGAAUGCUGGCCUUUUAGAACAACUACCAGAAAUUUGUUUUAGAUAGCCCAGUGACCAAUAACCUGCACUGAACAGCAAAAAAACAUCUAAAAACAGAAAUUCUUCUGAACCUGGAACCGAGUAAAUCAGAGCUCAGUCAGGAGCACUCUCGUCAUACAUUUAACCAUUUUACUGCUAAAUUGGUCUACAGUUUGACUUGGUGGAGAAGGCUCUGCUCUAAGAAUGCUCCCUGUGUUUGUCAAGGGAGCACAUGGCUAGAAACCCUUUUAUAAAUACAUUAAUGACAAUGCAAAAUUAAUACAAUAAAAGGAGUUCAAAAGCAACGAAUCCGGAGUAGCAUGAAUCUGAAUAUGAGGGUGUAACGAACUUUAUGCUAUAAAGGAGAAGGCUGGGGUGGAGGAGGUUAGGCUUUGUCAGCAUCAGCAUGGUCAGCAUCAAUGCAAGUAGGGAUCAGUGAGAAGUACAUCGUACUUAAAUACACUGCUGCACUGAGAGAAAGAGCUGUGAUUGGCUAUGGGAACUGGGAGGAUCAACUGACCAUCAGCUGAUCAUUUCCGUGACCUGCAUGAACUAAUGCAAGGCUUAAUUGUUUGUUACCCUGCUUAUUUACAUAUGGAAAUGAUUAAGAAAGACAUUCUUUGAUUUGUUGAAACAAACACAAUGAAAGUUGUGAGCUUUUCCUUACACACAUGCAGUCAGUUGCACAAUAUAUGACUAUGUUUAACACAUAGCAACAGCAGCACUUAGCUUUACAUUAGCAACAUUAGCACUAACUUAGCCCUUUAGCUGCUACCAUAACUCAGCAGCUUACAAGAGCCAGAUACCAUCCUUCACUGACCACAUCAACAAAUCAUCCACACAAAUAACUUACCAGUGCUUAAAACACUGCAUUACAAAUGAAAAUGUUCUCAUUUAAGGUCUCAUGAACUGAUGAUCUCAAGUGUAACCUACACUAAAUCUAGUCAUUUUUGCAGCCUGACCUUUUUGGCGUUCAUAUUUUUAUCACCUGUAUAACUGGCUGAAGACUGGUAAAUACUGGCUAAUGGGAACUCUUUUCUAUAUUUAUUAUUAAUUAUGUUAUUUCAAAGCAAAUGAGCUGCAUGUGUGGAGGUUUAUCAUUGAUAAGGUAAUCUAUCACACCCAACAUCCUGCGCUGCAGGAGUACAGGGUGAUAUCAACAGCAAGGAGCUGCAGGAAAAUAAUCUAAAUGACUACAUACAAAACUGAAUGUUAACAUGACAAUGCAUUGUGAUCAGAGCGUGUUCAGGAGAGAUGUAUGUUUCUCAGAAGAUCUAAAGAUAAUGCUGCAUGUCAGCUACAUUUGAAGGGUUCAGGAUCAUGCAAACCUACAGUUGUGCUAUGUUAUUAGAGUUGAUGCAGGAGUGUAAACCAGGCUCUGUUCUACAAAAGGAGAUCUCUUCUGCUACGUUUGUUUUCUCAGCAAACUGCUCGGAUCUUUUCCUACUUUUGGUGUCUGUAGUAGCUCACAGAAAGACUUCUGAUUCACUGUGCUGUGCUCUUUUAAAGGGCAAAGACCAGAAUAGGAGGACUGAAGUAGACCAAAUCAAAUGGAUCACUAGGACUGCUGACACUUUACAGACCGGAUCAAUAACCUGGAACCAAGAGUGAGAUCCUCCACAUCCAGACUCAAAGCAGCAGCAUUAAGCUGCUUGACUAUGGUAUUGGGAUGAAAUUAAGGGUUGUUGUUUUCUGAUUUUCUGAACAUCUUGUUGGAGCUCUUAUUAAAUGUGGAGUUAAUAAUGUCAGAUGUGGUUUUGUUGUUGCACAUAAUAAAAGAGGAAAAUGAAGAUGUAAUCAAAGGUACUAGACGAUGAUGGGAGUCUCUAUUAUACUGAGGGUGUAUUUAAAGCUUUAAUGAUUUUAGUUUGAGCUCUUUGGUGUAAUGAGGUUUAUUAUAAUGUGGGAUUUCUUUUUGCUGACCCAUAUGACUUCACAUUUUCAAUUUAACUUUAUAAAAAGGAAUGUUUGCUCGGUGGAUUUUAGCGACAGAAGAGCAGACAAAAGCAUCUUUUACUCUUGUGUUGUUGCUUUCACUUCUACACUAAACAGUUUAUGUCAUAAACACAUUACAUGUAAACUAAUCUUGAUAAAAUAAUCUCUUUUUAUUGAUUAUCUUCCUUCAAAGUCACUGGAUUCACUUUGUUUCUUUAAAACUGUUUCUUCAUGCACUGAUGAGAACGAUAGAUUUAACCUAUUCAUUUCAAGACCCUUUCAGAUUUUGCUUUCCCUUUACUGAAUGAAACAUGUAAACUAAAUAGGACACAUUUAAAGUGUAACUCUGAGGAGGUGUAGUCGGACACUUCGUCCAUGGGCUGAGGGAUGUUGAUGAACCGCUCUCUGACUUUGUGACCAACAUUUCUCUAUUCUCAUCUCUAUCUUUCGUCUCAUGUAAAUGUGGAUUUAUGGAAUCAGUCUUUCUGUACAGAUCAACUUUAAAUGACAAUAAAAGAGAUGUGAUCACUUA